AUGUGCGCAAGUGAAACUGAUAAACGUGGUCUUUGUUCAAUAGGACUACCAAUGCAACGACUUGAAGUAAAAAUAGUCAAUGAGCAAGGCGAAAUUGUCGAUAUCGAUAAAAACGGUGAACUAUGGUGUCGUGAUUAUUCAGUGCUGUCUGCUUAUUGGAAUGAUGAUGAAAAAACACGUGAAACAAUUACAUCUGCUUUCAAAUGGCUAAAAACGAAUGAUGUAGUUCGAAUGGAUGAAGACAGAUAUUUGUACUUUUGUGGUAGAAAAAAAGAAAUGAAUAUUCGGGGUGGCACGAAAAUUUCAUUUUAG